AUGACUAAAAACACACAAGAGCUAUCCGAGACACUCGAGCUCAACGGCGAAGUAUAUGCAGUCAAUGGUCAGUUGCCCCCUCCUUGCAAUCCUCCAUUGACAUCAAGCCUUCCCCCCGCUCAAGAGAGGAACGCAGAUCUGACCAACAAUUUCCGACCCCGAACAGAUCACGUUUACGUCUCUUCUCCAUGGCACAUGGCCGAUGGCGCACCCUGGCUCAUCGGUAGAAUUAUGGAAUUCAUCAGAGAAUCUUUGCCUACCGGAUCACACAAGAAGAAGAAAUCUCGACCCAUCGUGCAAUUCAAGCUCGCCAAUUAUCAUCGACAACGAGAUUUGAACAGUCGGCACAUCCUGGAUUGUCGGUUACUAGAAGCCUCAAUGUCUCAUGAAGUCUUCUGUGUCAGCCGAUUGCGAGGUAAAUGCAAGGUCGAAUUCAAGAAUGACCGUAGCUCGGAUGAGAUUGAGGCAUGGAAGGCUGCCCCAGACUGUUUUUAUUUUUCUCAGGGAAGAUACGUUCAACCAAUUGAACGCCCUCAAUCGUCCAAGCUUGUGCCGAAAUGUUUCGCGUUCACGUCACUAUACCUUUCUUGCCUCAAACUCUUCUGGCCUGAGACCUAUAACUUGACUGUCUAUGGACGCUUCACCCAUCGACACUAUGAUUUGAUUUUGACACAGAACAUCAAGAACGCCCCACCCGAGGUCGUCCAAUUCCUUAGGAAUAACUACAGUUACAUUUUUGCUGAACCUGGUAUGGGUGCCGAAUUGAGCGAGGAAAGGCGAGGUUGUGUGACUUGCAGACAGUGGACCACUGGAAUGGCUCGUGAUCUCCCUUAUCUACAAAGAGACGUUUCAAACGGAAACACCAGAUGUUUGAAGUUGUUCUACAUCCAACCGUCUAUCGUUACUCUCCUAGUUGCCGACUCGGUAACCUGCGCACUGUGCGGCGGUGCCUACCACUUUGCUUGCCUCAACCCACCUCUCAUCCGCAAGCCAGACCGAGGUCAUCGAUGGGCGCGCGGAUACCAAUGGGCAUGUGCACCAUGUUCCAAAAAGCGACAGGAGUCGAUUGAGGAUCAAGCGCUGGCCCUCACGAAAGAGUCAACUGAGGAAUCUGCUGUUGCAACCAGCAGUAGUGGGCCAGCAGCCGCGGCAAGUGGUAGAUCUUUGAGGGAUAAAGGGAAGAAAAAAGAACCAAUGGUUACUGCACUUGUCCAACCAGGGAAUGGUCCCGAUGGCGUUUUGAGGACGGUUGAUGGAUGGCCAUUUCGUUAUUAUGGACGAUUUACGGAGCCCGCGUCUGUCUUGGAUCCGAUGGAUUCACCCCAUAUCUAUACUGCACCACGCGUUGGCUCCCGGCAUCAAACCAUGGUCCCCGUCAAUCCAUCAAUCGAGACGGGCAAUGCAUCCUCAUCAAUCCAAAGCGCUGGACGUCCGGUCAAAGCGGACAAAAGAAGCCGGGAUGGUACCCCGGUCAACGUCUCUUGCUUUGCUUCAACUGAAGAUUCCGAUUUGAAUGAUUACAUCCGUGACGCUGCUCAGCUGCCAGUUGCUCGCCAUGUGGGGGUAACAAUCCUCGAUGGAGCCCUCAAGACUUUGUCUGAGGUUUCAAGUCUUGAAGAGGCGCGCGUAAAGUUGGGUGAGAAAACGAUCAAAAACCUUGGUUUUGUCAAUUGGACCGAGGGGGAUUCGGAUAAAGUGGAUAAAGUUGUAAGCCAACUGGGUGAUGAUCUCCGUGCUAUACGGAAAGCUUUUCCAAAAAAGAGUGGGGGUGAUAUUACAAAGUUUUUUUACAUGUUUAAAGGUCACAAGUUCCCCGAAGUCUCAGCCCAUGAUGCUCGAAUCGAUGCUUCCAUCAGCCACUCGCCCGAUGAAAGUUCCUGUCUCCUGCCCACGCCCUCCUCCAAAAGGCCAUACACUUGUGUGUAUGCGAGUGAGAUCUGCACCUACUUGGCGAAGUGCCCAGAAGCCUUGAUGCGGGUGCAACCAAGCCAAGAAUCAAUUGCGACGAGUGUUAUGUGCGCUGGAAAAAUCCAAAGAACGAAAACCUCGUGGCCCUUACGCCAAAACUAUCAGAGCUCUCGCUGCCCGAAAUUCUUUAACUACUCAAUCAACUUCGGCGCCCGUGCCGCCGACAGCCCCGCCGUCCAAUACCAACCGCCGUUCGCCACCUGA